GUUGAGGAGUAAGAGGAGGAGUUGAGGAGUAAGAGGAGGAGCUGAGGAGUAAGAGGAGGAUUUGAGGAGGAAGAGGAGGAGCUGAGGAGGAAGAGGAGGAGCUGAGGAGUAAGAGGAGGAGAUGGAUCGCACUGUGAUCCGGCUGAGCCACUGUCAGAAGCAGAUCUUCUGUUUCUCGGUGCCGGAGGAGUGUCCGAGCUGUGGGGAGGAGCUGAGGGGGAGCAGACUGCAGGAGGCGCCGGUCAGCCUCCCCUCCCCCCUCGCCAACGGGCACAAGAGCUCCUGCUGCCUGCUGGUCGCACCUGCACACGACAACCUCCACAGAGAGUUUGAUGGGACGUCAGAUCUGCACACCGGCAUCUCCAACACUACAGGAGUUGUGUAUAACUACACUCGUGGUGGAGUUUGCAGAGAUCUGAUUGGUUGGGAGCGCUGCGUCAGCGUUCCUCUGGUCCGACCCGACAUGUUCCACCUGCUGGCUCAGUGGGACCAGUACCUGGACCGCUUCUCUGACGGACCCAUGUGGGACCUCGCCUGGCACAGGUUCCAUGAGGAGGACCAUAACUGCUUCAGUUUCUGUCUUCAGUUCAUUAACAGCGUCCUGGCAGCAGAGGGGCGGAGCUCUCUGAGCAGAGACACCUUCACUCACAGCUUCAUCCUGCCGAGGAUGAGGAGGGUCUCCAAAUACACCACGCUGUACCAGCACAUCCAGAGACACCAGUACUACAUGGUGGACAGACAGGAGGACAGACAGGAGGACAGACCAGUUAAUCCAGACUCAUUUUCAGUCAGUUCUGUUUCAGGAGGUUUGAAUGAGUCUGAUCUCAGUUACCGUGGAAACUGAUCCUCCAGACUAACUUUAUUUUAUCCUUGAAGAGUCAGCCGCUGACCGGUGUUUCCACGGUAACAGCCAGUGGCGCCCGCUGACCGGUGUUUCCACGGUAACAGCCAGUGGCGCCCGCUGACCGGUGUUUCCACGGUAACAGCCAGUUGUUCUGCCAGUUCAGUGCAUUUAGAUUUUACUUUGUGUUCUUCGUUAAUAAUAAAUAAUAAUAAACAAUUUAA